AAUAAAAUGAUUUAAUCAGAGAUGGGAAAGUUCUUCUCUCGCUGACGGAAAUUACUGGACUAUAAAUCUCUGUGGGGCUGCUGUUUAUUCUACAUGUUUACUUGGUUACGAAGCAUGAUGUUAGAUUAUUUUGGCUACCACGGCUACUCAAGGGACCUAACUCUUUGCAGCCCUUUCACUUCACCAGUUCUUUAUGAACAUGUGGGAUUCCCCUGCUACAAGGAGCAUGGAAUUUCUUAUGCAUCCUGGACCUCGACUAUUCCUGAACAAUGGUGUAAGUGGCAGGUUUGGGAAUGGCUACAAUUCUGUUGUGAUCAGUAUAAACUGGAUGCAAACUGCAUUCCCUUCUCCAAGUUCAAUCUUAGUGGCAAGCAGCUUUGCAGCAUGACUCUGCAGCAGUUCAUCAGCAUAGCUGGGGACAUCGGAGAGGUGCUUCACUCUGUUCUGGAACAAAUAAAAGGAAAAGGCACUUCGAGAUGGGAGAAAAAUUCACAACAUCAUACAGGAAGUAGAAGAUUCUGCAAUUCUCCAACUGCAGUAGAUGGUCUGCAAAGAGAGUACCUUUGGGAAUUCAUUCGGGAUCUUCUCCUCUCUCCCGAGGAAAGCAGUGGCAUUUUGGAGUGGGAAGACAGAAGAGAAGGAAUAUUCAAAGUUGUGAAGACUGAUUCUCUGGCCAGGCUCUGGGGUCAAAGGAAAAAGAAUGAGCAUAUGACCUAUGAAAAACUUAGCAGAGCAUUGAGGCAUUAUUACAAAACUGGGAUUCUGGAACGGGUGGAUAGAAGGUUAAUGUAUAAGUUUGGAAGGAAUGCGUACGGUUGGAGAUGAAAACCUUUAUUCACUCAUCAAAUAUAACCCUGAUUGAUUCAACAUAAGAAACUAUGCUAGAAUACACUCUUCAGACAAUGGACUAUCCUUGGUCAGUAAUCAAUUUAACUUGGCAAUAUAAUCACAUUCCUAUUAAAAAUCAAACCCUUGCAAUGAAUGUUUUUUUUAAUGAAACAUACAAUAAGUCUAUAAGAAGUAGUUCAAUUGCAUUGUUUUAUGUUGCAAUUAACUUUGUAACUGCUCUGUGGAGUCAAUGCACAGGUGUUCAAAAUCUAUGAUCUACAUCUACCUGUAGCUAUCAUUCAUUUAUGCGCAGAGAUAUCCAGCUGUUUAUCUCUAUGACAUUGACCUCCAUAGACUGUACAGUGCAAUUUAUUUGACAGUCUUCCCAUCCUUCCUCACCUGUCAGUUUAGUUCUUUUCUUCCUUGGAUGCUUGUUUAAUUUCUCCUGUGUAGAUGUUCAAUCCAUUUAGCUGUGAGUUCCAUAUUCUCACCACACAAUGGUUUCUUUUGAAUGUCCUCUCUCAAUGGCCUCUAAUUUUGCUCUUUCUUAUAAAUAGAGAUACCUUCUCUCUGCUUACUUCAACAAUUCAAUGAUCUCUAUUCAGCCAAACCCAAAUCUUCUCUGAUUUGAAGAUAUACAUCAAUGCAGCAUGACAACAUUAUACAUAUUGUGCAACUAUAUAGAGCAACAUUUCCUUGGCUUUACUGAGAGAGUUUGGCUGGUACUUUAUAGGAAAAUGCAAACUAUUUUUGAACAGUGGCUGAAAAUUACUGUUGGUGAUAUUGCUAUUUUAACAAGUUAUUUUAUGUGGGCCAGUGCCUCAGCUAAAAAUAAACCAUAGUUUUCAUGCCUUUAUUUUUUUUUGUAUCUGUUUAUUUUUGCAAUGUUCAAAUUAUAUAUGGAAACACUGAAUUUUUGAUGCAUGCAGUGCCCUGAAACUUGGUGACAAUGUGUGUGGAGCAUUUAUGGAUAUUGAAUGUACAACCUGCGAGGAAUAAAGAGUUUCCAAUAUGAA